AACGGCACAGCCUGCACGGACGGCGGCCAGACGGCGGAGGAGCGCUCUUUCGACAUGCCCUGGUGGGCCUUACUCGUCUGGAGCGUGGCCUUCGUGGUGAUGCUCACCAUCGCCAUCGGUGGCAACAGCCUGGUGUGCUGGAUCAUCCUAGGUCAUCAACAUAUGCGGACUGUGACCAACUACUUCCUGGUGAACCUCAGCGUCGCCAACCUUCUGAUGUCGACCCUCAACUGCACCUUCAACUUCGUCUACAUGGUCAACGCCGACUGGCCGUUCGGACUCACAUACUGCAUCAUCAACAACUUCUUCGCCAACUUCACCGUGUCUGCCAGUGUUCUAACGCUGAUGGCAGUCGCCUUCGAAAGGUACCUGGUGAUCGUGCACCCGCUGCGGAGGCGGAUACGCAAGUGUGAAGCUAUCUCGGGCAUCCUCCUCAUCUGGAUAAGUAGUGCGGGACUCUCCACGCCCUGUCUGCUCUACUCCACCAUCGUGUCGCACAGGUAUCCCUCCGGGCGAGAGGUGCACGGCUGCAUCCUGGUCUGGCCUGACGGACCGCAAAUGGCCUCCUUCACCGACUACGUGUACAACAUGAUAUUUCUGGUGUUGACGUACAUCCUCCCAAUGAUCGCCAUGGCAGUGUCGUACACCAUCAUUGGCCGCCAACUGUGGGGAGCUCAGAGUAUUGGAGUGAGGACAGACCGACAAAUGACAUCUAUCAAAUCCAAGCGAAAGAUCGUGCGCAUGUUCAUCAUAGUGGUGGCCAUGUUUGCCCUGUCCUGGUUGCCGUAUCAGGUGUACUUCGUGUACACUUACCACGACACGUCUCUGGCGAAGACCAGCUAUGUGCAGCACCUGUUCCUGGCUUUCUACUGGCUGGCCAUGUCCUACGCCAUGGUGAACCCAUUGAUAUACUUCUGGAUGAAUCGGAGGUUCCGUUCGUACCUGGUGCUGUGGUGCCGUUGCGCCCUGUUUCGUCGGAGGGCUGGACUACGCCAAAACGGUCGUCUCGCGGGUGGACUCUGUCGUGGUGCUGACAGGUACCUGGUGAUCGUGCACCCGCUACGGAGGCGGAUACGCAAGUGUGAAGCUAUCUCGGGCAUCCUCCUCAUCUGGAUAAGUAGUGCGGGACUCUCCACGCCCUGUCUGCUCUACUCCACCAUCGUGUCGCACAGGUAUCCCUCCGGGCGAGAGGUGCACGGCUGCAUCCUGGUCUGGCCUGACGGACCGCAAAUGGCCUCCUUCACCGACUACGUGUACAACAUGAUAUUUCUGGUGUUGACGUACAUCCUCCCAAUGAUCGCCAUGGCAGUGUCGUACACCAUCAUUGGCCGCCAACUGUGGGGAGCUCAGAGUAUUGGAGUGAGGACAGACCGACAAAUGACAUCUAUCAAAUCCAAGCGAAAGAUCGUGCGCAUGUUCAUCAUAGUGGUGGCCAUGUUUGCCCUGUCCUGGUUGCCGUAUCAGGUGUACUUCGUGUACACUUACCACGACACGUCUCUGGCGAAGACCAGCUAUGUGCAGCACCUGUUCCUGGCUUUCUACUGGCUGGCCAUGUCCUACGCCAUGGUGAACCCAUUGAUAUACUUCUGGAUGAAUCGGAGGUUCCGUUCGUACCUGGUGCUGUGGUGCCGUUGCGCCUGUUUCGUCGGAGGGCUGGACUACGCCAAAACGGUCGUCUCGCGGGUGGACUCUGUCGUGGUGCUGACAGCCGGCCGACAGUCGCGCAGGUCGGUGCGGGUGGCGAGCGGCCGCGCACGCAGCCCCUGCUCCACCGACUCGCCCUCGCUGCGCCGGCUGCUGACGUCACCGCGUCCCAUGACGUCGUCGCUGGCGGCGGGACGGAGGACGGACACCCCCGUAGUGCCGCCCACCGCCGCACCGUUCAAAGCUGGCGCGCCGCGCCCCAUUGCCGACGCAGGUGGCGCUAGCAGCGCUUUAGCUAGAUGGCGCUGUGAGCAGUCCGCCAGUGGCGCCAUCGUCGACUUCCACGGCAAGAUGGCUCAGCUACUGGCGCACGGUCUGGGGGAGGGGGAGCCGGAGAAGAGGCGCACAUCAGCGCACGUGCGUGCAGACGGCAUGCUCCGGUUCAGCCCCGGCCGACAGUCGCGCAGGUCGGUGCGGGUGGCGAGCGGCCGCGCACGCAGCCCCUGCUCCACCGAUUCGCCCUCGCUGCGCCGGCUGCUGACGUCACCGCGUCCCAUGACGUCGUCGCUGGCGGCGGGGCGCGCGCCGGCCUGGGGAGGAGCUGCCGGAGGAGCGGGACGGGCGUCCGCGACCAUCAGGCUCGGCGGCGAGCCAGCCUCGGCGGACGCCAGCAAGGAGAGCCCGCACGGCGAUGGAGGUGGCGCUAGCAGCGCUUUAGCUAGAUGGCGCUGUGAGCAGUCCGCCAGUGGCGCCACCGUCGACUUCCACGGCAAGAUGGCUCAGCUACUGGCGCACGGUCUGGGGGAGGGGGAGCCGGAGAAGAGGCGCACAUCAGCGCACGUGCGUGCAGACGGCAUGCUCCGGUUCAGCCGCGAAUUCCUCGCGUAA